UUCACGAAGACAUCCCGCCUUCGCGCACAAUUCUCCGUACAAUCCACCGCCAUGGCUGCUGAAGUACAACCAUUGCAGCCCAUCAAGCUGCCCACGGGCCCUUCCUCUGUGACGUCGGAGCAACAAUACUGGAAUUCCUUUGCUUCAGAGCUUCGUCUGGACCCUUCGCAGCAUUCCUCUCCCGUCACCAACAUCUCCCUCCCGCACCGACCGUCUUCGAGUCAGCUUACAGUCGCCCAAGAUCUGUUUGCUGUGACCACUGGCUCGCGCGUACAGAUAUUCUCUUCCAAAACUAGAAAAGUCGUCAAGAACAUCUCGCGAUUCGGUGUCGAUGACAUUGCCCACUCUGGAACUAUUCGGCGCGAUGGAAGGAUCGUUGCGGCUGGUGGCGAUAGUGGCACCAUUCAGGCCUUCGAUUUGAACAGUCGAGCAAUCCUCAAGACAUGGAAAGAGCACAAGCAGCCGGUAUGGGUCACGCAAUGGCAUCCCUCGGAACUCACCAAUCUCAUGAGUUGUUCCGACGACCGGACAGUACGACUGUGGGACCUGCCGAGCGAUAAGAGCAUCACCACCUUUGAAGGACACCAGGAUUAUGUUCGUUGCGGAGAGUUCAUGCCUGGUCAGAGUGAUCUGAUGGUUUCUGGCAGUUAUGACCAAACGGUGCGUCUCUGGGAUACCCGCGCAGGUGGACGGGCCGUCAUGGUCUUCAAACAUGCUGCUCCUGUCGAGUCUGUACUUCCUAUGCCCUCAGGAACUGCUGUACUUGCCUCCAGCGACAAUACAGUAAGCGUUUUGGACAUUAUAGCCGCAAAGCCUAUGCACAUUCUUCGCAACCAUCAAAAGACUGUGACCGCACUCACUUUCGCCAACAAUGGCGAACGUCUCCUUACUGGUGGUCUCGAUGGACAUGUCAAAGUAUUCGAGACAACUGGCUGGAACGUGGUCGGAGGAAUGAAAUACCCAUCACCCAUCCUUUCACUCCAAGUCGUCCCUUCACAAAAUGAAGACAAGCACAUCGCCGUGGGCAUGCAAUCUGGCCUCCUUUCGAUCAAGACACGCCUAUCCGGCGAGCAGAAGGCACUAGCACGUGAGCGAGAAAAGGAAAUGAAAGCCCUUUUGGAAGGCAAAAUCGAGGAGUACGACCGGUCGAAGAAACGCAAACGCGGCAACGGUUGGGCCAAGCGACUUCGAGGCAGGGACUUCACGGGCGAAGGCGCGGACAUCGUCAUCGACGGCAACGCCAGGGGUAAAAUCUACAAGAACAAUCCAUGGGCAACUGCUUUGCGUCUAGGCCACUAUGCCAAAGCCCUCGAUAUCGUUUUGGAGCAAAACUCUGAAAACGCAAAAGACCAGCAAAUCACCCUUCUAACAACUCUCAUCCACCGCUCCGCCCUGCCCACAGCCCUCUCGCACCGCGAUGAACUAACUCUUCAGCCCAUCCUCCGCUGGCUCAUCAAACACAUUGGCGAUUACCGCAUCACACGCCUUACCACAGAUGUCGCCCUCGUCGUGCUCGAUCUGUACGCCGAUCAGCUGGGCCGCAGCGAGGAGGUGGAUACCCUGUUCGACGCUUUAGUCCGCAGGGUGCAGGAAGUCGUUGAUGCUAGUCAGAUUGCGUGGAGUGUUGGGGGAAUGGUGGAGAUGCUGACGGCGUGUGCGAAAGGUGGUGCGUCUGAUGCUGGGGAUGUGGGGGGUGUUGUGGCGUGA